GACAGCUUGUUGCAGUCUGAGCCGACUCGUCAAAAGACUUUAUCUAAAGGCAAGAAGUUGCCAUGUGCAGCAGCUAUUCUCAAUCUCUUUACUCCUAGAAAGCUCCUGCCACAUACGCUCGACAGAAGUGGUGCGCCAGUGCCUCCCCGAUGAACUGCCAAAACGCAGGGUAAUAAACAUGAAGUCCUACCACAUUACGACCCCCAGCAAAAUUGUGACGGCCGCCGCGACGAGAAAAGAUCCGGGUUCAGCGUCGAAAAUAACUGGCGUCCUCAAGCCGUCUACCUCCACACCAUUGUCCUCAGCCCGCCGGGAGACCACGAGGAGUCCGUCGCCGGGCACGAAAAGAAGUGCAGCUGCUGCUGCGUUUCAGUCGGAGCAGCAAGCAAGGUCGGAGAUUAAUACUUCCCGUUCGAAGCCUGGCGAGGACCGUACGAACUGUAACCCCGAGGAGGACGAGGACGAUGAAACCGGUCCUCCCGUCCGUGAGGAGCAUGAUCGCACGCGCGUUCAUAUCGCAGGACCGAGCGCGACCUCAAGUUCGUCUUCCUCGUAUUGCCGCUCACCUGGACGCGGAGCGAAAACUGGAUCCACCUCUUCGGCGAAAUUGCUUACGGGCGAUCGCAGGGGCAGCAUGAUGGUCCCGACUUCCCGGAGUAGAACGUCUACUCCAAGGAACUACAACGCCGCUGGCGCCAGCGCAGCGACCGCUGCACCCUCGCCAAGGCCCUUGCGAGUGAAGAACGAUUGCAGUGCUGACCAACAACUGCCGCAGAUAAACCCGUCGCCCCGCCCGGAGCACGAUUCUGGAGCUCGUACAAAUGGCGCAAGAAAACUUGAACGAAAUCAAGUGGCAUUUUCGGAAGGAGCGCGUCGAGCUGAUCGUGAUUACAGUCGGACGAAACACGGCCCGCCUUCCAGUCGCAGCGCCUCGGGCUCGCCUGUGAAGAAGCUGCAAGCAACGAGGAUACGAAUGCCUAUGCCGUCGUCUACUUCCGGUAACACUGCAACUACAGGGCCAGAUACACCGAAUGGGUCGUCCGUGAUUAACGUCAACCGCCAGGUCACUCACUGGAAAUCCCUCUACGAGACGGCUAUCGAGGACUUCGGGAGCGGUAUGCACAGAGAAUUCUACUAGCUCAUGACAUCCACUGCAGUUGUCGUGCUGAGGGCAGCGUAUAGUACUUAGUUCUUGUUGAGUCUCCGACUUGCGAUUCAUCACCAGUGUUGCACGACCGUGAAGAUUGUGCGGCAUUGAGUGUCUGUGCUACUGCUCACAGCGGCAGCGGAUCGUGAUCUAUUUUUUCUUUUCUACAAGAGAGCGCAGCAAAUGGGAGGAGGAAUUCGCGAACUACCGACUCAAGGAGGAAAAGUGGAACUUGGAAAAGAACGCUCUGCUCGAGUAAGUAAAAAUUAAUGGCACUACGACUUUGUAUAAACACCUUUUGGGUACGAGUACAACUCAUCGCGGGCUCGACAAUAGUGACCGCUCUGCUCGUUGUAGUGCCACUGCGACUGCCACCAAUAGUACCAGUGCAUGACAACAUGAUCUAGAAGCACAUGCCGAUUGGUGGAUGAUUCUUCUCUUUGUUGCGAGUGCGACGUGCAUUGAAGAUCACAAUGACAAUCACUAUCACAUCACUCUAUCGCAUUAUUGUGACAACCCCUCCACUGCCACGUGCUCUACUCAGGUACAUCGAGGAAACGCGCAAACGCGACGCAGUGACUGGGACCGCCCGCGGAUUGAACAGCACUAGUACAGGCUCGUCCUCGUCCGUGAACGAGUUAAACUAUGUGAAGGAGCUGCAGGGGCAGCUGUCCCACGCGUUGCAGCAGCAGAAUUUUUUGGAGGAAGCGUACAGCGAACGCGAGUACAAGUACUCCGAGCUGAUGCAGCAGAAGACGCAGGAGCUGCACGGCUAUUGCGCGAAGACCGAGCAGAUGGAGAAGCUCACCGAGAAGCUGAAGAAGGAGAAUCAGCAGCUGCUGAACAGGGAAAAGCAGGCGAAGCAACAGAGUGUGGUCUUCGAGAAAAAGAUCAACGAGGACAAGCAACUGCUCAACGACUGCAAGAACCAGCUGCAGCGGCAGCAAACGGCCCUCGCGGAGCUCCAGCUCAAGUUUGCGGAGACCAGCGAGAACCUGAAGCUCUGCCUGCAAGAAAACGAGCUGCUCAAGAGUUCCGCUUCGACCGCGGCUACUUCCGCCUCGGCGGGGGAGAGGGAACGAAGGGAAUCUAAUGAGCGCGCGGAUCUACUGCAAGCGGAGUUGAGCCGCAAAACCGACGAGAUGGGACGGCUGAAACAGGAGUUUGCGCAGCAGCACGCGAGCUCGCAAGCCAUGAUCGGGCAAAUGCGCCAGAAAUUGCAGCAAGUGUUGCGCAGUGGAGCCUUGAUACAACAACACCAGCAGCAGCAGGAUGUCGGCGUGGGAAAGAAACUUAGCGACGAUGGAACAAAGUUGCUUGUACUAAAUAACUCCAGCGGGGGCGCGGCAACCUCCUCCGGGUCGAGCGGAGCAGACCUCUACGGAACUAUAAACACGACGACCCCAAGCCGUCCGGUGAUGGCGAGCCACAGCGGUGAGCAGCUGUUGGAGGAGAUGCGGCACAGAGAGGAGACGAUCGUGCAAAUGGUCCGCGAGGUGUACGCGUCCUUCGGCCACGAGCUCAGCUGGCCAAGUACGUCGCAACUGCGCGCCCGGCAGACCGUCUCGUCCGAACAAGCUGAAGUAGAAGUUGACGUGGUUGAGCUGGUGCGGUCGGCCCUGAAAGUGCUGUCCGACUACGCGAGGCGGGAUGUGGAAGGGCAAAUGCAGCACGAGCACCACUUGGCACCGCACCUACAAGAGCGAAAUCCGGACCCGCAUCGAAGACGAGCAGCACCAAAGCACACUUAUUCUGGAGGAGAUGAACUUGUUGACCAGCAUGUCGCUGAGGAGACUCCAGCGCUACGCGACGGAUCAUUCUGUGCCAGGUCCACCAACGCAGGUCGUGUCGCGGGCCACGGAAUGACGACAGGCGGGACUUCUAGUGGAGGAUCCAAAAAUCCCAACGGCAUGCGAAUCGUGUUUGUCGACGAAGGAGAUGCUGGAGGAGCGUUUGGGCAAGAGAGGGCGAACUACCUUGAAGAUCAUGACCAAUUCCGCGAGAUCCACCCCCCGCAGGAGUACGACUGCGAAGCGGAUAUUGCUCGAAAUGGGCACGACGUACAGAUGCUAUCGAGCACCAGAGCGUCCGGGUACGAGGACGUCCAGCAGAUGGACAACCACGAUGAUUACCUCCACGCCGGCGGACGAGUGCCUCCAGCACAAGCGCCUAGACACGAGGCGCACCAUCAAAAAAUGCUGCAUCGGUCUAUUGCGGACGAGAGAGGGCAGCAGCUAGACGAGCAACUUGGCGUUUUGAAUAAAACCGACACUUCGUUUACCUCCACCUUCUCCGUGGCUGAGCACUUGCGGCAGAUAAAGGACGCCUUUGUAAAAGUGCCUCCGGGCGGCGGGCGUGUGAGCCGGGACACGCAAUACAGCGCUACGGCUGCGAUGAAAGUAGAAGAUCAACGACAAGAACCCAAUUCAACAAGUUCAUCUAUGAGUCGUGGUCCAGCUGAAUGGCACGAGGAAAGAAGAAUAAAUACCAGAAAUGACCUGUCUGGAGAUCAUGAUAGAAGUAGAGGACAAGUACAUAAUUCUCCUGGUGGUCCUGCCACUUUUUCCGCGUACGAAAAUUCUUCAAAUCGCCAGCAGCCCCCCAAGCCUCCGCCGUUGCCCUUUCCAGAACGGAAAAUCCAAUAUGGCGCAGACCCUCCUCGUGUGGCCGACGACGCGUUCAUUUCGUCUGCACGAGGUCCUCCUCCGUCUGGCCGCGCCCCAGCACCUGCGAUGAAAAUCGCAGCGCUCCAGCUUCCAGGGGGGAACAGCUUCGGCACGCGAUUGCAACGGGAAAAUGCGCCGUAUAGUGCGACAAGGCCCUCCUCCGAUGGUGGAAGGACCACGGGAAACAACGCAAACGCUGCUGGUCCCCGCUCGUCGCCAGCAGCGGCACCGAGCUCUUCCAGUACGAGACGGAGAAACGAACGCCAACCAUUGAACGAGACAGCCCCAGCGGAAAUGAUGCUCAAUCUGACCGCAACCAGUGGCUGGGCCAGCAACCGCUCGUACGCAGGUGGAGGUGGCACCUCUUCGAUUUCCUCUGCUGCAAAGCAAAGGGAGGCCGCUAGAGACAUGAAUCACACCUGGCACCACCACGACCAUCUCGGGAGUUGGACGUCGCAGGUGGAGCAACAAGAGGAACUACAAGCACAGCAGGAGCACGGCGAUUUUUUUCACAACCCGACAACGCCCGCGACAACAAGCAACUUCUGCGUCUCGCCCAGACCAGUUUCGUUGCCCGACUUCAACAACUCAAAGACCUCGCCCGCGGUCUUGCCAAGAACGUUGCCGGGCCCGCCGACAAGUAAAGAAGUUGAUUAUCGUUUUGCCGGAAAAGAUCAUAAGAUGUUUAUCUCCAGUCUACUCUGCGCCGUAGCAUAGCCUUCAAUUUGAUCAUUGUUGCAUGUCCUCUGAUUGACCCGCCCCUCACGAUUGAAAUACUGUUGAAAUAAGACUUUUCGGCUUCGCAUCUAAUCAGGACAACAUCGCCCUCCGCGUAGCGCUCCUGCGCACGAGGCGGCCCGCCGCGGUGGAAGUCCAGCACCGCGAGAUGAUCAGCAGCAACAUCGUCGAAGCCCGAGCACGACCAAUGCGGGCACCCCGAGCACCGUCUUACAGCCGCCCGCUCUGGGAGGUGCUGGUCGGGGAGGCGCUUAUCCUGGUGAGGAACCGCUGGACCGAAAUGGGAAUACUAGGACUUCACCUCAUCUAGUCGCAACGCAGAAUUAUGAUGAUCCUGUGAACGAGGUAGAAGGCGUGGCCCCGACGCACCAUAAUGGCGCGACGACGAGUAGAUAUCCUGAGUAAAAACGUACCCACACCAGAGUCAGGAUAAGGAUUUUGCAACACAAAUCUAGGAGUUUUGUGAGUCACGCAUGACAAGUUGCGCUAUGCAGUGUAGUGCAGGUUAGCAAGUGCAGCCGCAUCACAGAUUCAUCUGCUCAUCCUGUUCACAGCAUCACAAAUUCCAAAACAGGCUUGGAAAUGGCUCUCAUGGGGAUGCGCAUUACAAGUCUUCCUGUCUUUGCAAAUCUGCAUUGCAACUCUGGUGUGGGUACGUUUUUACUCAGGAUAGUAGAACGGAGGAGCUGACUGAUAAGAUCAGCAUGGUGCGGAAGCAGUUUGCCUCCAUACGCCGUGCUCUAGACUAUGAAUUGCAAAAAUGUCUGGGUCUGGAAGAUUGCAACUUGUCAUGGUAAAUCUGAAGCAUGCAACAAUCUGUGUUGCAUGAGUGCCAAAGGCUGUCAACUUUUGACCAAGUUGGAACGGAGUCUCUCAUGCAGAAUAGGCAUGGCAGAGACCUCACAGAGUCUGUCAUGCUAAGUCUCGCAUUCCAGACCUCAUCGGUCAUGGAAAAUCUGCAUGACAAGUCUACACUCUUCCAGACCCAGACAUUUUUGCAUUUCAUAUAGACCUGAACAGUACGACGCGCGGAUAGCUCGUAUUUGAGAUAAGCACCCGCUGCAAUGUUGACACGUGCUUAUAAUUUUAGCAUUUUGGUGAUGUGUGUCGCCAGAACUCUUGAUAGUGCGUUUCGUGUGUGCGUGUGGUCGAAUGAAACGAAGUGCAUCUACUUCGAGGACUGCAAGGUCAAACAUAUUAUCGCGUGUGGAGAUGAAGAUGAUGCGGAUGGUUUUGAUUACGCCUUCGUUUUCCUUUUGUGUGCAAAAGGGGGGGCCAGACGAAACUGAACGAAAAAACAACCAAGGCGAAAGCGGGAGAUGGAUGUCUGAAAGGCAUGACCACGUUACUAUCGUCAGUUCUCCUUUGUUACACAGAAAUUUGGGACGAGCAAGUAGGCUUCCUCUACUUCUUCCGUGAACGGUUUCUCACUCUCACGAGCGG